UCGUUAAGCGUUUUACGGGACGUGAUUGGAAUUAAUUCCCACCCUAUCGAAGUAUAAAAAAGAUUGUCAACUUUAUGAGGCAACUCAGUCUGAUAAGUGAACUCGAUAUCAAUCAAACAUCAAGUCGAAAAUACUCGUAGUUGUGAAAUAUGAAAACGGUCGCGAUAAUUUUGUUGGUGAGCCUCUCGGCUGUGAUGGCAAAACCCACUUUACAUAAGUUAAAAGGUUUAAUCAAUGGUGGUUUGGGACUAACCCUUUCGAAGCACAUUGGAUUUGGAGGUGGUGGCGGAUAUGAAAGCGGAUAUGCCUCUGGUUAUCGUGGAGGAUACAGUGGAGGAUACAGCGGAGGCAACUACGGAGGUGGUGGUGGUGGAUAUUCAGGUCCACAAACAGUGCAAAUUCACACCGUUGAACAAGUUCCGGUUCAUACGAUAAAGACUGUCCCAGUGCACACCUACAAAACUGUUCCCGUUUAUAGCAGUGGUGGAUAUGGUGGUCAUCAGGGUGGUUAUGGCGGUGAGAGUGGAUACGUAGGCCAAGGUGGAUACAGUGGGCAAGGUGGAUAUGGGGGACAUGGAAAUCAAGGAGGUUAUUCCGCCCCAGGUGGAUAUUCAAGUGGGGGUGGUUUCGGUGGAGGCACUGCAACGGCGAAUGCAAAUGCUGUAAGUUCUGCGAAUUCUGGAUAUGGAAAUGGUGGAAAUUUAGGCUACUCAAAUAAUGGUGGAGGAGGUUGUUGUAACAAUAAUCUCGGAGGUGGUGGUUAUAGCCAACAUGGAAGUUACUCAAAUGCACAAGCUUCAGCGUCAAGUAGUGCACGUUCUGGGUCGUGGUAGAAAAUGUUUUUUAAGUUCAGCAUUAAGUGAUGUAAUUUUCAAGUCAAUUAAAAAACGAAAAACUGUAUUUUUUAGUUUACAUAUCCAAAGAUCCAAAAGUAAAAGUAGGUAAAGUUUUUCAUCAUUUUUCGAUCAUACUUUUAAUUGAAAGUUAGGAUUUUGCAAAAACAAUGAACAUUUUAUUUUAAGUGAGUUUGACUUUUGAUUCCAUAAUAUUAACAGGCAUUUAGAAGCAUUGUGACCUUACUGAUCUUUAACUUUUUUUUUAGCGCAAGAUAAAAUAUCUUAAGAUAAAGUGAUUGUGCACUCCAAUAUUUUGUAAAUAAAAAUAAAUUUUAUGUUUGCAAUAAAAUACACUUUUCGCUUGA